AUGGUGGAGGUGUACUUCAUCCUUGACAAGAAGGUGCUGCUCCCGGCCGACAAGCUCAACGACAUGGCCGCGUCCGGCAGGACCAAACACUUCGUCCCGCUGGCGGACGGCGGCGUUCACUUGACGCUCCACGUGACGACCAGCGUCCCAGCAUCCACGUCGAUGCUCCAACAACUCACGGCCAAUUUGCGCGGGGCCCCGGUGCACCAAGUGUCGAUUUUGGUUGUCGUCUCGUCCGUGCAGUACGGGACGACCCCGGAAUCUGACUACACUACCACGACCACCACCACUGCUCCUACGAGAGCUCUUGGAGGCGUCAAUUGUGUACGAUAA